AUGUGCGAAGUCAAAGGUAAGGAAUAUGAAAGUGGCGAAUCUCUUGAAGACGAGUACGCUCCUGAAGAAGAUGAAGCUGCUGCGGAUGAGGUACCUCAAAUGUUUAUCAAUCGUGUUGGCGCUAUUCAAAAUUCAGAAGAUCGAGAACUGACUCAGGACUCUAGAUUUGUCGCCCAUAAGAAUUUUAAUAACCGUAAAGACGAUUUGGAAAAGUUUUCAGAUAUCGAAAUCAGAAAAGAAAAAGCCAAAUAUAACCCCAAUGAUGCAAGCUAUCAAGAUGAAAGGUUUUCAAACGUAAAGGAAACUCCUAAUUAUGUAUUUCAUACAAGCAAUGCAGCAGAAAUCGGAGAUAGACAUUUAAGUCACAAUUCUCAGAAAAAUCGCAUCGAGUGUAGAAAUCUAGAUCAGAAUCAAUUGUCAUCUGAUAAUUAUGGAGAUUUUCUGUUCAAGAAAUUUAAUAAUGAUAUGAAAAAAGAUAACAGUGAUUAUUUAGAAGAUAUAAAUGAAAAAUCUAAUUUAAAACAGAAAUAUAACAAUAGACCCUUAGAAAAUAAUAUGGCUAGAAAAGAUGAUGAAUUUUCUGACAGGAAUCGACGUGAAGUAGAAAAUUUUGAAGAAAAACCAAUUACUGACAUUAACCACAACGAAAAUGACAAUUUAGGUGCAGGAAAUGAAAACGCCAUAUUAAAAAAUAUUAAAAAACUUUCCGAACAAGAUCUAGAAGAUUUAAUGAAUUCUCUUUCGGAAGAUAAAAAAGCUCUGUUAAAGAAAAUUAUGGACAAGCGGGAAAUAACAAAAAAAUCUGGUGCCGUUGAAGAUAGUAGCUCUUUAGAGCAAUCAGACACAAGUAAAAUUGAGGGAAGCUAUGCAGAAAAUACAAACUCUAUUUCUUCUUUAUCGUCUAAUUCAGAUACUACUGAAACUAAUAAGAAUAUUGAAAGCGGUGGAGGCUUAAAUACAAAAGUUUCUGAUACUGAAAGUGAUUCUGGAAAGGUAGGUAGUAAAUCUGGCGAAAUAAGUGAUACUAGUACAACUGAAGACCUUUUAGAAAUUACAAAUGCUAACUCAAAAGAUGACGCAAAUAUUGACAACAAUAGUAAAGAAAAUAUAAAAAGUGAUAAUAAAAGGGAAGUAAAUGGUAAUUAUUUUACAAAUGAAAAUGCUCCACUAGAUAAUUCUGUCGUCUUAGAUAUUAAAAACUCAAAUAAUUUGCCAAUACGUGAAGAGAUUUCCGAAAAUGAAGACUGGUUAGAAAAUAAUAAUGAGGAGCUAAUCGCAGAACCAAGAGAAGUUUCCCCAGACGAUCGUUCUAAUUUUGCCGCUUUAGAAAAACUAGAAGAUUCAUUCCCAAAUUUAAAUGCAUACAGAGACACAGACUCAGAGCUGGAACCUUUAAUUAGAAUAAAAAGAAAAGAACUGAAACACAAAGUAAAGAAAAGAGAUCUCCCGUUAUCUUUAAAUGAUGACAAUACAUCAUUUCAUGAAAAUUUCGAGAGUGAAGGAUCUGAAAAUCAAGGAAAAAAUAAAUUGAAUUCUAUAGAAACUCUUUAUAGUCAAUCGGAUUGUUUAAACAAAAAUUUUGCGAGCAUGGAACAUAAUUUGAGGAACAAUGAAAAAUUAAGGAAAAAACGAGCCUUAAGUUACAAUGUCGCUCUUAAUAAAACUUCUGAAAAUGACACACUGAAAUAUAAAAGAAGUCGAUCUAUGGAAUCCCUAAUAGAUGAAAAAAAUUCGAUGCCGGCUAAUGAAAUGGGUGUAUCUGAAUAUAAAGAAAUGGACGCUUUUCGGUCGUUCCCGCAAAACUUUGGAGAAGAGCUUAUUCACUUAAAAGAAUAA